GAUAUUAAAUAAAAGAUGGCAUGGUGGAAAGUUAGUGCAUUUAUUGGCUUUGUAACAGCUGCCCUCUUGAGACAAUAUGUACGAUACUGUAGAAAAUGUCCCAGUAAGGCUAAUAUGUCAGGAAAGACAGUUAUCAUCACUGGAGCCAACAGCGGCCUUGGAAAAGCAGCUGCUUUUGAGCUAGCUAGACGAAAAGCCAAAAUAAUAUUGGCAUGUCGGAGUCUACCAUCUGCAAAAGAUACUGCAAAGCAGAUACAGGCUUCAACUGGCAAUAUUGAGGUCUGGCCCAAAGAAUUGGACCUGGCCUCACUGGAAUCCAUUAGGAAUUUCUGUUUUCAGAUCCUAUCUGAAGAACCUAAGAUAGAUGUUCUGAUCAACAAUGCUGGGGUGUUCCAGUGUCCAUACAUGAGAACUGAAGAUGGAUUCGAAAUGCAGAUGGGAGUGAACCACUUUGGUCAUUUUCUUUUAACCUCACUUCUUUUAGAAAGGAUCAAAGCUUCAUCCCCCAGUAGAAUUGUUAUUGUUUCAUCAGCUCUGAGUAAAAGGGGGAGCAUUAACUUCAGCGACAUUCACAGCCAGCUAUUUUAUGACAAAGUCAAAGCUUACUCUGAUAGCAAACUGGCAAACUUACUUUUUGCGAGGGGGCUCCAUGAAAGGUUGAAAGGGUCUGGUGUUGAAGUUUUUCCGCUUCAUCCUGGGAUGGUUGCCACUAAUCUAGGCCGUCACAUUGUCUCUGGUUUUGUUGCUCGUGUUUUUGGGCCCAUAGCAGUGAUGCUAGGACUCAGGGAUGCAGACGAAGGAUGCCAAUCUAUAGUCUACUGCGCUGUCGCUGAAGAACUCAAAGGAAAAUCUGGAACUUAUAUUGGGAAAAAUUGCAAGGAAAGUGGGUAUCCUCCAAAUGCUUUAGAUGAAAUGGCUGUUAAAAAACUCUGGGAAAUUAGUGAAAAAUUGACCAAAGUUCAGUCCUAGAGAUAUUAUUUUGAUAUGAUUGAUUGCUUACAGUUUGCUUUAUAAUGUAAAAUAUUGCAUUAAAUUUUUAACAAACAUUUUUAGAUGCAUUAUCAUUUUUUUGAGGUGGACAAUUUUCAGUUAAUUUUUUUGAGUUUGGCUUUGAUAAGCUGAAAAUAAUUUUAUUUUAUAGCUGUAGUGGUAAAGUUUAUAAACUAACUCUUAGAAUACCCUGAUGUCUCUUACCUUUAAUGUUUGUUAUUUGCAAGCAGUGUGCUGCCUAUCAAACAACUUGUAUUUGUGUAUAGACAAAACAUAUUUCAAUUUUAUUUGUGUAUUUGUUUUGCUAAUUAGAAAUAGUAAUUAACAACAGUUUUGUUGAAGGUGUUCAAACUUGACAACCCUUUUGAAUGAAGGAAACCCAACUUCUUGGAGCAGUUGCUGUCAGGGUUAUGAAUUCAAUGAAUAACUUUGCAUAGCACAUAUUAAGCACCACAAGUCUCCAGUUCUGAUAUCACUUUGGGUCAAACUGUGGUGAGGAAGAUGCUUAAAACAUAAAAAUUCUCAGAAACUAAAUUCAAUUAGUAGUUAAAUCUACAGCAAUUGAAUAGGUACUAUUUAAAAUCAUUUUAUAACAAUUUCAAAUAACAAUUUUGAUUUAGAAUUCAAAAUUCAAAUAAAUAUGUUACUUAUUGGUAAAAACAUUUGAGUAAAAAGAAUGCAGCUUUACAUGAACCUUUAC